CAGGGUUCGCUGUAGCCGAGUGGAGUUUCUUCUUCGGUGGUGUUAAACAUGUCAGCUGGAGAAUGACAACAUCGACCGACACGGCCUCUCUUUAACAACUGGACUGCAGAACACGGACACAACAGGAAGCCGAGUGCUUGUUUAGAGUCUGCAUGAGCCCGUGCGAGCAUCGUCAUCAUCAUCAUGGCAGAUGACAAAGAUGUGUUGAGAGACGUCUGGUUCGGAAGGAUCCCGACCUGCUUCACUCUCAACCAGGAUGAAGUCACCGAGCGGGAGGCGGAGCCUUAUUACCUGCUGCUGCCCAGGGUGAGCUACCUGACGCUGGUCACCGACAAGGUGAAGAAGCACUUCCUCAAAGUGAUGAAAGCCGAGGAUGUUGAAGAGAUGUGGUUUGAAUACGAAGGGACGCCGCUCAAAUGGCACUAUCCAAUAGGAGUUCUGUUUGACCUCCAUGCCGCCAACUCUGUCUUGCCAUGGGGCAUCACUGUGCACUUUAAGAACUUUCCAGGCGACGACCUGCUGCACUGCUCGUCCAGCUCCGUGGUGGAGGCUCACUUCAUGUCCAGCAUCAAGGAGGCCGACGCACUCAAGCACAAGAGCCAAGUCGUCAACGACAUGCAGAAGAAGGACCAUAAGCAGCUGUGGAUGGGCCUACAGAAUGAUAAAUUUGAGCAGUUCUGGGCGAUGAACCGGAAGCUGAUGGAGUAUCCCACUGAGGAGGGAGGAUUCCGAUACAUCCCAUUCAGGAUAUAUCAGACGACAAGCGACCGGCCCUUCAUCCAGAAACUGUUCCGUCCCAUUUCCCCUGAAGGCAACGCUCACACGUUCGGUGACCUGCUGAAGGAGAUGUACGCCGCGGCGAUACCGAGUCACGGUGAGCAGAAGCGCUACCAGGUUCUGAUCCACGGCAUCGAGCCGCUGCUGGAGACGCCGCUGCAGUGGCUCAGCGAGCAUCUGAGCCACCCGGACAACUUCCUGCACAUCUGCGUCGUCCCCGCCCCCACCGACUAAGAGCCCGCCCUCUUUCACUGUCGCCCACCAAAAGACGUGGAAGGAGAUGAAGUAAGGCACGCUCCUCUUCAUCAAUGACGUUUUCUACCUUCUCCUUUGACUAAAAGUCACGUCCAAGAGGAAGCACGCAGCACGAUUGGACGAGUUGCCUUGGUUACCACAUCCACAGUCUCAUUUGCAUAACAUAUUUGAGUUUACAUGUCCCACCUUUCCAAACUGGCCCAUCCCCGGACUGUGCCUGGACCUGGACCUGGACUCAACCUGCACCAGGACCAGGUGCGCACACAUAAACACCAAAGCAGGCCGAGUUUACGACCGCUCAAACUUUUUCUGUUUCCCUUUUCACCUCCCGAGCAGCGUGAUGGAGCUGGCGGCUUUUUGUCACGGCGCGGUCGACUUCUGUCACAAGCGAAAGAAUAAACGCCGUGUUUACGUCGCUCUUCUCGUAUUCAUGUGGCCGCGCCGCCGCCGUCAAACCCUCUCACGCCAUGGCUCCGUUUAGCUGCUAGCGACGUGUUUGAAAGCUAUUUCAAUCACCUCCUUUGUUGACAUUCCAGGGGCGCCACUAGGUUCUAAGGACAAGGCGGGCCUACAGGAGAUGCCAAGAUGGGAAUGAACUCACGUUUUGCAAAACUACAAACACUGGGAAAUAAUUGUAUUAUUAUUGCUUUACUAUUUUUACAACAAACAAGGGAAUUAAAGGGAAACUGACAGAUUUAUGAUCAUAUUGAAGUCAAUAAUGUCAGUUUAUAUUUAUUUAAACUCAUAUUUUGGCCACUUUAAAUUUGUUGCAACUUAAAAAAACAACAAAAAAACACUAAAUUGUUUAUAAAAAUAUUAUGAUUUUUUUUUCUACAUUUAAAACCCUUCCUUGUGGUCAGCAUAACAUGUAACAUUUGCAUGGAUUUUGUUUUACAGACCGUCUAUGGAGUGAAAUUACUGCCAAAUAUCUACACAAAAAAAUGUUUUUACUCAUGGCCAAAAAUUUGCACGUAAAAAAAACAUUUUCUUCAAUUAAAAAAAAGAUUCACAAGUAAAAAUAAACAAAUAAAAACAAUUUUCAUCAAUUAAAAAAGUAUAAAAACAUUUUUUCUUCGAUUAAAAAAAGAUUCACAAGUAAAAUUUUAUUCAACUAAAACAAUAUUAUUCACAAGUAUAAAAACAAUUUUCUGCAAGUAAAGCAAAUGGCUGCAAGCUAGGUAUGGAGUCAAAUUACUGCCAAAACGUCACAAACAAGCAAAAAUGUUUUUACCCGCACCCAGUGAAUUGUGAGUAAAAUUUUUGCAAUAUUCUGCGACUAAAAGACGUUUGGCAAGUACAAAAACAUUUUUUUGCAAGUAAUAAAACGAUUUGCACAGAUAAAAACAAUGUUCUGCAAGUAAAAAAAUGAUUUGGAAGUAUAAAAACAAUUUAUUGAAAGUAAUAAAAUGAUUUGCAAGUAUAAAAACAAUGUUAUUCAAUAAAAGGACAAUUCACAAG